GACGGCCCGCAAGCCCGCCGCGGCGGAGGCGCAGCCGCAGGGCGGCGUCGCAGCGCCUGCGCCCGGCCAGGGCGAGCCCGUGCUGGCCACGGCCGUCGACGUCCCGAUCGACUCGAGCGCGGGGGCGGGCCAGAUGGUGGCGGUCGACCUGGACGGCGACGGCGAGCCGGAGAGACGUUAUGAUGAGCAUCGCGGAGGCAGAGAGCAUGGGACGCCCCAUCGGCAAGGCCAAGAACGCGUCCAAGGACUUCCGGCCCAGCCGCAUGGUGAAGGGCACGUCCAGGGCCGCGAAGCUGGCCCGCAGGGGCGGCGGGGCCAUCAACGACACCACGCACCGCGACGCGGUGCGGCUCCAGAAGCUCCGCGGGGGUACUGCCGCGGCCGCAAGGGAGCGCGUACGCCCGGAACCACGCGGCCCGCAUGAUCCAGGGAGGACUUGGCGUGCUUACCAUAAGUAUUGCGAGGACAGACAACGCAGAGUGGGUUUUCACCAUACACAGGUGCGCCAACUUGAUACAGAAAGUCUGGAGG